UCCGACUCUCCUUUUCGGUCAAAGCAUUAACCUUGACCAUACGAAACUCCAAAUUCUCGAAUCUCUAUAUAAACUCAGAAGAGAAGCUCAGGUUUGCACUUCUCCCCGUUCACCUUUCGAUUUUGAAGGUAUUUUAGCUUAAAUUGAUGCGUGAAAUCAAAGGGUUUGUCGUAUAACUAUAAGUGGUUCUAUUGCAUCUUUCAGUUUCGAUUUCCAUCCAUAAAAUCACCAAAGAAUUUUGGAGGCGUGAAUUAGAGGUUUGAGCCUUGGAGAGUUGCUGUAGGCGGAAAUCUCACGAACUAACAAGGAGGGCGUUCAAUUAGGAAAAAGAAUGGCUACAAUACUCGAUGACUCUUUCUUGACAGAUCUUCAAGAUUGAUCAGAUAAUGAAGCUACUGAUGUUUUUCGCAAAGAUGAAGGAGAUCAUCAAUGCAAUAUGGAUGUUACAGAAGGGUACGGUGAUUUGGAUAGUGUCUCUAGAUUGCACAAGUCACUGCGUUACAUAGAAACAAUGCAGAAAGUUGAAGCUGCUACUGCACUUCAGAAAGGGUCUGCAGACACUACAGACCAAGGCAUGCUGGAAGAAGAUCCUGAAUAUCAACUUAUGCUCAAUUGUAAUGCGUUGUUGGUUGAUAUCGAAGAUGAGAUUGUUAACGUGCACAACUUUAUCGUUGAUAAAUAUCGACUUAAAUUUCCUGAUCUUAAAUCUCUGGUGAAUCACCCAAUUGAUUAUGCUCGAGUUGUAAAGAAGAUAGGGAACGAAGUCGACAUAACCAAAGUUGAUUUCGAAGGGUUGCUGCCAUCAGCAGUCAUUAUGGUGGUAUCGGUCGCAGCAUCCACAGCUCCUGGAGAGCAACUCCCUGAAGAUACGCUGAGUAAAACGAUUGAAGCGUGUGACCGAGCUCUCGCUCUUGAUUUAACGAAGAAGCAGCUUCUUGAUUUUGUAGAGAGUAGAAUGGAGCAUAUUGCACCAAAUCUAUCUGCUAUUGUUGGAAGUGUUGUUGCUGCAAAACUUAUAGGAUCAGCUGGUGGUUUGUCAAAGUUAGUUAACAUGCCAUCUUGUAACCUUCAAAGUCUUGGUGCAAAGAGAGAGAUUCUUGCAGGAUUCUCCAAUGCAAAUUCUCGAUCUCGCUUUGGGUAUUUUGAGCAAACUGAAAUUUUCCAAACUACACCUCCUGCUUUGAGGGUGCAGGCUUGCAAGGAUUUGGCUGGAAAAUCGAGUCUUGCAGCGAGAAUAGAUAUUAAAAGAAGUUGUCCCACGGGGAAGGAAGGGAGGAGGUAUAGGGAUGAGAUCCUUAAGAAAAUUCAGAAGCUGCAAGAGCUGCCUCCUGUAAAGCAACCGAAACCUCUUCCAGUUCCAAAUUUUGAGUCUAAAAAGAGAAGGGCUGGUAGGCGCCUUCGGAAACAGAAGGAGAUAUAUUUACCAACCCAUUCGAGGAGGCUGGCCAACAGAAUGCAGUUUGGGAUAACUGAAGAGAGCUCUUUAGGGGAUGGACUCGGUGAUGGUUAUGGUAUGCUAGGUCAAGCUGGAAAUGGCAAGUUGCGUGUAUCUGUUGGCCAGAGCAAACUUGCUGCAAAAGUUGCGAAGAAGUUCAAGGUUAAUAACUACGGAAGCGGUGGUGCUCCCUCAGGGCUCCUAUCAAGUCUAGCAUUUACACCUGUACAAGGAAUUGAACUCUCAAAUCCUCAGGCCUGUGCAAACCAGCUUGACGGUGGAACUCGAAGUACCUAUUUCUCUGACUUAGGUACGUUUUCAAAAAUCUGAGAAGAUUUAAAUCAUAGACCUUGUGAUGAAGCACCCAAAACUGU